AACAUAGCAUUGCAUAUUUGCAUUGGCGGGAAGACUCAACCGCUUCGCUAUCAGUUUAGAAAUUCCCCUUUACAGAGAGGUUAAGCUUCACAAUCUUCUUCAUAAACCCUAAUUUUAGCAUUCACAGAUUGGAUUUGAUGUUCUUAGCGAAUAAGAUGGUGUUCCUUUUCUUGUUUCUUCUCCCCAAAUUUAGUAAGACAAUCGUAAUCAAACCCACUCCCCACUCCCCUUUCCGCAACUUACCAUUUGUCCUCAUUUCCCCUCACCCUAUUCCAAUUCCGUCACCGGUGCCCUGUGGAGUUUUCGAGCUAUGGCGACUCCCAUGGCUGAAGAAGAAUCCUUCGAUUCCUAUUCCACCAACAAUACGGUGAUUGCGAUUAGUAGGGACAAGAACAGUCACUAUGCGGUUAAAUGGGCUGUGGAACAUUUGUUCAAUAGGAAGAACACUGGCGAAUGCGUUCUUAUUCAUGUUCGGACUCAGAGCUUGCAUCCCCGUAGAGGAGGUGGAUACGAUUCCUAAGGAGUUUCGGCCACCAACUGAAGCUGAGUUGCACCAGUUCUUCCUUCCCUAUCGAGGAUUUUGCGCACGAAAAGGAAUAGUUGCAAAGGAGAUAAUCAUCCAUGAUAUUGAUGUUCCAAAUGCACUUAUUGACCAUAUCAGUAAACACUCCAUUAGCAAUAUUGUUGUGGGUGCUUCCAACCGGAAUCCUAUUAUGAGGAAGCUCAAGAAUCCUGAUGUUGCAACGUGCUUACUCAAAUCAGCUCCAGAAUCAUGUUCUGUAUAUGUCAUAGCUAGAGGAAAAGUUCAUACGAAGAGGUUGAGGAAGCGAAAUAAGUCACAAACUGACAUGACAGAAACACAAACCGGAACUCCACGAAUCAGCGGGUCUUUAUCAAAAACACAAAAAUCAGCAUAUUCUAGUAUCUCUGGACAAUCUGAAGAUAAAUACAGGUAUAGUUCUGGCACCAGUAAUGAUUCAACGUCAGGAAUUAGUGACUUUUCGGGGCCUCUCAGUUUCAAAUCAAUUGAAACAUCCUUUGAGAACCAAGAUUUUUCCCUAAGUUCCUCAGAGACUAGUACGAGGAGCUAUGUUUCCUCUAGCACCCCACCUACAAUCGAAUAUGAGAUGAAAAAGUUGAGGUUUGAACUCAAAAAAAUGAUGGAAAUGUAUGACUCGGCUUGCAAGGAAGCUGCAGUAGCAAAACAGAAGGCAAAAGAACUCCGACAUUUGAAGAUGGAAAAGGAAGAAGACAACAAAAUUGAGUGCGGUAAAUCUACUUAUGAGGCUCUAACAACAUUGGCUGAGUUUGAGAAGCAAAAGAACAAGGCUGAAGCAGAAGCAACUUUAGUGGCACAGAAGUUGGCUGAAUUAGAGACCCAGAAAAAACGAAUUAUUACUGAAGAAAAAGCUAGGAUUGAGGCAGAGGAGAGGAAGAAAACAAUGGAGUUAUUUGAACGCAGUAAUAUUUGUUAUAGACGAUUCAGCAUUGAUCAGAUCGAAGUUGCAACAGAUCAUUUUAACGAGUCAAACAAGAUUGGUGAAGGUGGCUAUGGACCUGUUUACCAAGCCUUACUUGAGCAUACUUCUGUUGCCAUUAAGAUCUUGAGACCGGAUAGAUCACAUGGGCAGCGACAAUUCCAGCAAGAGAUCGAGGUUCUAAGCCGGAUGAGGCAUCCAAACAUGGUCCUCCUCUUAGGUGCCUGCCCAGAAUACGGUUGCCUUGUUUAUGAAUAUAUGGAAAAUGGGAGUUUGGAAGAUCGUCUCUUCCGAAAAGAUAACACUCCUCCAAUCCCUUGGAGAAUCCGCUUCAGGAUAGCUUGUGACAUUGCCACUGCCCUACUCUUCCUUCAUCAAAUGAAGCCAGAACCUGUGGUGCAUCGUGAUCUUAAGCCAGCCAACAUUCUCUUAGAUCACAACUAUGUGAGCAAAAUAGGUGACGUGGGUUUGGCCAGGCUAGUUCCACCGACGGUUGCUGAUAGUGUCACUCAAUAUCACAUGACUGCUGCAGCUGGAACCUUUUGUUACAUUGAUCCAGAAUAUCAACAAACAGGAAUGUUGGGUGUGAAAUCAGAUAUUUACUCAUUUGGUGUUCUUCUACUUCAGCUCAUCACUGCAAGGUCACCGAUGGGUCUUUCAUAUCAGGUCGAGGAGGCUAUUGAACAUGGCAAAUUUCCAGAGAUACUUGAUCCGACAAUAACAGAUUGGCCUAUUGAAGAUACUCUUGGACUUGCUCAAUUAGCCCUCAAGUGCUGUGAGCUAAGAAAAAGAGACAGGCCCGACCUUUGUACGGUUCUAAUGCCAGAACUGUCCAGGUUAAAAAAUCUGGGGUCGGGUGAAACACCACCGAAGAGCAAGCUCGCAACUGUCAGCAGAGCACAUGAUCAACAAGUCCUUAACUCGGCUCCAGUCUUGAAGGGAUCAGAAGGCGAGAUCUAUGUGAGAAAAAGAUGGGAGCGAUUGAAAGUGAGUACGAGAUUUUGGAGCCAAAAGGGUGGUAUCGGUUUGAAUACCAUUUCUUCACAGAUAAAGAAAAAAUGGAGCAUACCAAGUAUACCAAUCAGUGGAAAACGAGUUGAUGGAUCGAAGAAGAAGCAGCAACCGCAGCAAAUCUCUGAACGUUGUUGGUCUUUUGGAAGUUGUGCUUCUGCUGCUACGUUGGGGUUCAAGAAACUGCAGUCUUUUUCAUAAUAAACAUGAGAUUUUUUCAACUUGUACUGUCUAAAUUUCAUUCUUGUUUUAGUAUUUGGGUUCUAUCUCACAAUCAUCUAAUCUCACUUGUGAAUGUCUGCAAAUUAAAUAUGGUGUUUGUUCUCACACACCCUUUUCCUUUCUCAAAAACUCAUUUGUAACUGUAUUUCAUUUCUUUACACUUGGGUUUUAUUCUAUUCAUUAUAAAUCAGCGGUCUUUCUAUUUCACAGAUGAAUCAAUUUUCAGGCUUA